AUGCGGUUCAAGUUGCCUGACGAGCUCGUCGGCAAGUUCUACGAGAUCGACGAGCAAGGGGUUGUGGCCAAGAUGAACGCCGAUCCGCCAGCCAAAGUCCGCCGUCUCGACUUCCGCGAGGACAAGUCUCGAGGAGGGGAAGCGGCAUCGCAGGCUCCGCGCAAGCGGGAGCGAAGGCCAAAGGAGAAGCAUGGCCGAUUGAGCGAAUCAUUCGCCACCCACCUGUCUGCACGACUUGCCGACUCCCUCACACCGACUCCUUCCACCUCCGCCUCCUCCACACCCACCGCAACUCCGCCUACCUCCCUCGAACCCACGCCCGAACCUUCCGAUUUCUUCGACGUACCCGAUCCAGUCUACCCUCCGGACUUUCCCGUACCGCCAAAGCUGCAAGAUCCGGACGCCCGCGCAAUCGCAGACGCCAAAUCUGUCGCCCUUGCACGGAUGCACCUCGAGUCUUUGCGCUCUGCGUUCGAGCAUGCAGCGAGAACGGGCGAUGCGGCGUUCGUUGCGCUCGAUGUCGAGUUCUGGGAGCGGGAUUACGAUGUUCUUCUGGAGUUUGGCUGGACGGUUCUCGACUUCCAGAAGGACGAGGAGACGGGCGAGAUCCACCCGCAUAGGGAGGACCAGAACAUCCUCGUCCGCGACAACAUGCACCGCAAGAACAGCAAAUACGUUUCGGAUAGGCGACACCUCUUCCAAUUCGGCCGCUCUCUUGUCUACGACCAGCGGAAAAUUGCCACCCUCCUCCAAGGCAUGCUCGCCAACUACGCCACCAGCAAAACCCUCUACCUCAUCUUUCACGACCCGAACAUGGACCUCAAAGCGCUGCACCAGCUCGGCUUUGACGUCCAGAACGACUUUGCGUACGACUUGCGCAAGUUGGGUUCCGGGAGCGAGGAGGGAAAGUGUUGGGUUGUUGAUACGCAGACGCUGUUUGCGGGUUGGAUGGCGAGGAAGUGUCAGGUUGGAUUGCUGCAGGCGUGCGAGCAGGUCGAGAUCAAGCCGAAGGCGCUGCACAACGCCGGAAACGAUGCGCAUUAUACCCUCGAGCUCUUCGAGAAGCUCAUGGACCGCUCCGCUAUGCCCAGCGCAUCGUCCAAACUCGUCGCAACCCUCGACAACCGCAUGCGCCACCGACUAUUGGCGCGCAAGGCGAAGGACGAGAUGAAGGCGCUCAAGGCGCAAGGAGCGCGCAUGCUCGAGAUCGCAGAGCUUCGGCAACUGCGCAAGACUAUUGAGCCGUCGCGUUAG